AUGGAUGGCCAAAAUGAGAACGAUGAGCUUUACCCCAUCGCGGUUCUUAUUGAUGAACUGAAGCACGAUGAUGUCCUCCUCAGACUCAAUGCCAUUCGUCGUCUAUCCACUAUCGCCCUUGCCUUAGGUCCUGAGCGAACCCGUGACGAACUCAUCCCGUUCCUUGAUGACUCGGUAGAGGACGAAGAUGAGGUUUUGACUGCCCUCAGCGAAGAAUUGGGCAACUUCACAGAAUACGUCGGAGGUCCGGAACAUGCGCACGUGCUUCUCUCCCCGUUGGAGAAUUUGGCAGCCAUCGAGGAGCCUCUGGUUCGCGAGAAAGCUGUCGAAUCCCUCAACAAGGUUUGCGAGCAGUUGUCAGAGAAGCAGGUUGAAGAACACUUCGUUCCCCUGGUCCUACACCUCUCGAAAGCCGACUGGUUCACCUCCAAGGUCUCCGCAACUGCUCUCUACAGUUCCCCAUACCGAAAAGCCACCGCGACAACCCAACAGAGUCUCAGACAACACUUUGGGGCUCUGGUACACGAUGAGACCCCCAUGGUCCGGCGACAAGCCGCAAACAACUUGGCAAAGUUUGUCCAGGAGAUGCAGACCCCCGUCAUUAUUGAAGAAAUGAUUCCCCUCUUUCAAUAUCUGGCCAGUGACGAUCAGGACAGCGUGCGCCUGCUGACGGUUGAUAUUCUCACCUCUAUCGCCGAGGAAAUCCCCAAGGAGCAGCAGCCCAGCCACGGUGUUUUGUUGACAUCUCUUCGCAACCUCUUCGAAGACAAGAGCUGGAGGGUACGAUACAUGGUUGCCGAUAGAUAUGAAAAGAUCGCCAAAGCCGUUCACGAGGAGGUUGUUACCCGCGAUAUGGUGCCCGCCUUUGUGAAGCUGUUGAAGGACCAGGAGGCUGAGGUUCGCACUGCAAUUGCUGGUCAAAUUCCUGGCUUCUGCGGUUUGAUUGAUCGCGAUACUCUCCUCAAUGAGAUUAUGACUAGCGUUGAGGACCUUGUCUCCGAUCAAUCUCAGCAUGUCCGGGCGGCUCUAGGCACCCAGAUCAGUGGUCUUGCGCCAAUCCUUGGAAAGGACGAGACCAUUGCUCAUCUCCUUCCCAUGUUCCUUUCUAUGCUUAAAGAUGAGUUCCCUGACGUUCGUCUUCACAUCAUCUCAAAGCUUGAGCAGGUUAACAAAGUUAUUGGUAUUGAGCUUCUCUCUCAAUCUCUCCUCCCUGCCAUUGUUCAAUUGGCUGAGGACAAGCAAUGGCGUGUACGUCUCGCUAUCAUUGAAUACAUUCCCCUUCUGGCUAGCCAGUUGGGAGUUAAGUUCUUCGAUGAGCAGUUGAGUGAUCUGUGCAUGGGCUGGCUGGGCGACACCGUCUUCUCCAUCCGAGAGGCUGCCACUCAGAACUUGAAGAAGUUGACUGAAGUUUUCGGCGUGGAAUGGGCCAAGGAGUCUAUUAUUCCCAAGGUCAUGGCCAUGGGACAACACCCCAACUACCUCUACCGCAUGACUACAUGCUUUGCUGUUUCGACCCUUGCUCCCGUUGUCACCCUCGAUAUCAUUGAAAGCUCCCUUCUUCCUAUUUUGGAGCGAUUGGUUUCGGAUGAGAUCCCCAACAUUCGCUUUAAUGUUGCCAAGUCUUAUUCCGUUCUUAUUGAUACCCUGCGCCGCCUGCCAGAGGACAAGACCCUGGUCGAGGUGGAGAAGUUGGGAGAACCAGUCACCCCCUCGCCCAAGAGUCAGGAAUUGAUCCAGCAAAAAAUCAUGCCAAGUUUGGAAAAGCUUCAAGAGGAUGAUGACGUGGAUGUCCGCUACUUUGCUACGACUGCUGGAGGUAACCCCGAGGAGGUUAUGUCGACCUCUCCGUAA